AAACAGUCUGAUUGCAGAUGGGAUGAAGGACCUGCGGUAGCGCUCCGUCCUGCAGGGUGGGACUCUAAGUCUGCUGCUGAAGGAGCUGCUCAGGGACCCCACAGUCUCAUGCAGGGGGUGAGAGGGAUUGUCCAUGAUGGAUAUCAGCUUUGCUAACAUCCUCCUCUCACCCACCUCCUCUAUGGAGUCCAGAGGACAGCCCAGGACAGAACUGGCCCUCCUUUUCCGCCCAGCCUUUGGGGAAAGAACUCUGAUCAUUACAGGCAUGUCAAUUGUGUGGUGGUUAGCAAGGACAAUCUUCAACAGAAAGAAGGGGACUGAUACUGAGCGUGUGAGAAAAGCCUGUAUAUUCUAAUCCACACACCCUUUGAGUUGGUGGCGGUAAUGCACCAUUCAUGGUUUGGCGUCAACCAACAUUAAAAACGAAGAAGACAAAUACGUCAUAUCCGGGUUGUCAGACUGCCGCAGAAGUUCGCAGUUUGACUUGCUGUGUCCUGAAAUGGAAAGAUAAAAGUGAAAGAAACACCUUUAUUACAUUCACAGGGACGGUGGUGUAUCUUGGGCAUUUCUACGGACAGCUGGUACCACUGAGGAUUAAAAUGUUUUCCCUCACCGUCCAACCACAGGUGACUGUGCCCCUCAGCCAUCUCAUCAAUGUCCUUCACUCCAUGAAGAGCUCAGUGGGAAGCAGCAGCAGCAGCAGUGUCACCUGCAAAUCACGGAAACACAAGGAGCAUGUGUCAGACUCAGAGCUGCACAGCACAGAGCCCAUGUUGAACCUGCGUGAGCUCGGCUUAUCAGACCUGGGAGCACAGCAGCUGGAUGACCUGGUGAAACAUGUGUUCCCACGUCUGAGUCGACAGGAGGCCCCACCUCCAGUGGGUGGACAGACAGCCUGGAGGACCUCACAUCUAUCUACACAGUCCUUUUUCUACAAUAAACAUGGCUUCUCAUACGGUGUGAUGCCAGUGUCAGCCCAAGUGUUUUCCAGACAGCAGCCCUCACCUCUUCAGUGUGUGAGCACAGAGCUACAAUACUGGCCAGUAUGGGUGCAGAGCAGAGGCUUUAAAACUUUAAGGAAAUCCAAGCGACUGCAGAUGGGCCUCGACCGCCCUGUGGAAUCUGAGGGGUUCACACCAUCUUUUAUGAAGGGCUUUCUGUCAAGGGACAAGGGCUUUGAGGUCGAAAGUCUGGACAGCCUGUUGAAGACCAAGAACGUACCGGAUGGACAGCAGGAGGCUUUUAAGAGGGGCUUUGCUGAGGGCUUCCUGAAAGCCCAAGCGCUGACACAACGCACACAAGACUCUCUCAGGAGGACUCGUCUCAUUCUGCUGGUGCUGCUUCUUGUGGGGCUCUAUGGGAUCUCGAAGACCCCCUUCAUAUCGGUGCGGUUCCGAACCACCACAGGCCUGGACUCAGCGGUGGACCCUGUCCAGAUGAAAAACGUGACGUUCGAGCACGUCAAAGGCGUAGAAGAAGCUAAGAACGAGCUGCAGGAGGUGGUGGAGUUCCUGAAAAACCCACAGAAGUUCACAGCUUUGGGAGGAAAGCUGCCAAAAGGUGUUCUGCUGGUCGGCCCUCCUGGGACAGGAAAGACUCUACUGGCCAGAGCAGUGGCAGGAGAGGCCGAUGUGCCGUUUUACUACGCCUCUGGGUCUGAGUUUGAUGAGAUGUUUGUUGGAGUAGGAGCCAGCCGCAUCAGAAACCUUUUCAGGGAAGCUAAAGGCAAUGCUCCCUGUGUGAUCUUCAUUGAUGAGCUCGAUAGCGUGGGUGGGAAAAGGAUUGAGUCUCCCAUGCACCCUUACUCCAGACAGACUAUCAACCAGCUGCUUGCUGAAAUGGAUGGGUUUAAAACAAACGAAGGUGUCAUCAUCAUUGGAGCGACAAACUUCCCAGAGGCUCUGGAUAAUGCUCUGAUCCGCCCAGGUCGCUUUGACAUGCAGGUGACUGUCCCUAAACCUGAUGUGAAGGGACGCACAGAGAUCCUCAACUGGUAUCUGAAGAAGAUCAAAGUGGAUCCAGCUAUUGAGGCAAAUAUUAUUGCCCGCGGCACGGUGGGCUUCUCUGGCGCCGACCUGGAAAAUCUUGUGAACCAGGCCGCCCUGAAGGCAGCAGUCGACGGCAAAGACAUGGUCACUCUGAAGGAGCUGGAGUUUGCUAAAGACAAAAUCCUCAUGGGUCCUGAGAGAAGGAGUGCAGAAAUAGACAAGAAGAACAAGCUCAUCACAGCGUACCAUGAAUCAGGCCAUGCUAUUGUAGCUUGGUACACCAAAGAUGCCAUGCCCAUUAACAAGGCAACCAUCAUGCCCAGAGGCCCCAGUCUGGGACAUGUGUCGAUGCUCCCAGAGAACGAUCGCUGGAGUGAGACCCGCUCUCAGCUCCUGGCCCAGAUGGAUGUCAGUAUGGGCGGACGUGUAGCGGAGGAGAUCAUCUUUGGCAAUGAGUACAUCACAACAGGUGCAUCAAGUGACUUUGACAGUGCCACCAAGAUCGCCAAGAUGAUGGUGACCAGAUUUGGGAUGUGUGAAAAGUUGGGUGUGAUGACGUACACUGACAUGACCGCUCAGAGUCCAGAGACACAAGCAGCUGUGGAGCAGGAAAUCAGGGUCUUGUUGAAGGACUCUUACGAGCGCGCCAAAGCCCUGCUGAAGUCUCACGCCAAAGAGCACAAGAACCUGGCCGACGCUCUGCUCAUGUACGAGACAUUGGAUGCCAAAGACAUCAAGCUGGUCCUGGAGGGGAAGGGCCUUGAAGCCAGGUGAAAGUAGCGAAGACAGCGACAUUCAGGAGCAGUGAGGGGGAGGGAGGGGCGUCACAUUUUAAGAGCUCAGGGGUCAAAGUGGGAGAGAUGGACUCAGGCUAUUAACAGCAAACCAGAAGGGAUAUGUUGGACUGUUAAACCUUCAUGCUGUCACCUUUGUGUAAUCUCAUCAAUAUUCCAAAAUUAAGUAGCGCUGUGAAUGUUCAACAUGACUCUUCUGAGUUCAGAGGUGAGAAGGUGUGUGUUGCACGGUUUCAUUGAUUCAGAUGAAAGGUGAUUAAAGUUCUUGUUUUUCUCACAGGUUAAAAAACAUGAUACUUGAAUGUCAACUUAAAUGUCAAAACAGUAUCUGGAAACUAAACGAUUCUAAUUUUGAUUUUUAGAAACAGAGUUUAGGUUUGGUCGAAUUCUCUCCUGCCCGGUCUUUAUAGACUCUUAUUCUGUUAAAGGGAAAAACUGAGCAAACUACAACUUUAACCCAAAGAGCUUCUGUUUUAAAGACAGACAGACUUUAACUACAUUUCAACUCCUUUGCAGAGUUGUUUUCAUUUGUCCUUAGCUUGUGUGUUUCUUCCUCAGCACCUUGUCAUAAUGCUCGUGCACAUACACCUCUCUCUCUCCUGCUGUACCCCCUGCAUACAUCCCCAUUACUUGUUUUUAAAGGUGGCCUUUUAGGGAAUGUACUGUAAGUAUAAAAAACAUUCUUUUUGGAGUAGGAAGUGUAUAAAGUUAUGAACUUUACCGUCUCAGCACUUUAGAUCAGUGUACAAUCUGAAAAUGCACUUAUCAACUCUUCAUGUAAUUUAUUUCACUAAAUCUGUGUGUACAGAUGAAUCAAAAGCUGCUGCUCAGCCUCAAGAGGAAUGCCACAGAAUACACGCUGGGUUAAUGUAAGGACAGAGCACUUGAACUUAGAUGAAAUGUCAGCCUCAUUUAUUUAAAUAAUCUGAAUAAAGCUUAAUCAUUUUAUUUCUUUUUUGCAAAUGAGUGGACUCAAGGCCGUUCAGCUUAUUCAGGCCAUUUCUUUUGUCACCACUUCAAAGCAGAAUUUUAAAUCUACGUGCCUGUAUCUCUGUUUCAAUACAUUUCAAACAAUACAGUGGAAAAAGUUCAGUUCUCACCUGUAUUACUCUGUGUUUAAAGGAAUUCAAACUGUAACAACCAAUUUGGAAAGAAUAUCCUGGAUUCUAAAUCUUUCUUCAAAUAAAAAAUGAUAAACAAAUAUUUUUUAAAUAUAAA